CAGAGAUAAUGAGACCACAGAUGAGGAGAUGGAUUAAGUUGUUAUCACUGCACAGGGGAGCGAGCAAGUGAGCGGCACAUGUGAAAUGCUGGGUAAAGUGCAGGCAGGCACCACACCGGUGCCCAGAGCCAGUGUGGCUGUGGUGGAAACCGCCCUGGAGCUGGAGGAGCUGCACAGGUGGCCAGGGGCAGAAAUGCAGCAGCAGGGCCUGGAAUCUGCCCUGCCCUGGGUGAAGUUGGUGGGCGUGUGAGGGGUGCUGCCUCCCAGGCGGGCACCACCACUGUGCUGCCCUCAGGUACCAGCCAGUGGGGAAGGGGGGCUCAGAGCUAGAGCCAGAAUUGGAGCCCAGCUGACCCUGGUCAUUGGGAGCCGUUUGCACCUUUCCAAAAUGUACUGGUCUCUGCAGGACUGAUGCUAACUCUGGCUGCACACUGUGUAGGAGCUUGGAAAGGGAGUUGAGAGAGGAGGGAAGAAUCGGGAAGCUAGGGAAAGUCUCGGUGGGCUUGCUCCUUCCCCUUCCUGGCCUUGUGAGCGGUUUUCCUCCAGCUUCGCCAGCUGGGGAGCGUUUCGCUGACCUAUUUCUCCUGCUCUGUUGGCACUGGUGCAUCUGGCCCAAAGGUCCAACCCCUUCACUUGGAUAUUGCUCCCCAGAUGUUAUAGUUUCCUGUGUGCCAAGCCAGCCUGUGGCUUGGAGACAGUGAUGAGGCCCUGCAAGGCUCUGUCCCCUGGAGGUUGUUCUUGUGGUGGUGGGGGGACAGCACACAGGUGAACACAAUGAGGUUAAUGUCCGAGCGGCCAGUGCCGGGCAGAAAGGCCACGGGGAGCGGCCAGGACUGACCUGGGGAGUCAGGAGGAGCAGUUGGGAUUUAUUCCAAGUGCGGAUUCCAAGAGUUUCUGGAAAUGAAGAAUGGAAUGUGAUCUUACUUCACCGUCCGUUUUCGUGAUUUUGGGAGCCUGUUGUUUAGAAGCACAUUUGAGGGGUUCUCAGAACCGGAGGAAGGGCCAGUGUCCGCCAGGUCCCUCCUACCCCCUCGUACUGGUUUCCCAGCUGCCGUGCAGUCGCUGGCACUGCCACAAACAGCGAACCCCGGGUCCUUCUCCAGGGCACCUCGCCAGAGACACUGGAGAGGUUAACGCCACUCCACCCUCCCCCCCACCCAGGGGGCUGUUGACUGAGUCAGGGAGCUGAAAGUCCAGCCUCCUGGCCUCGGGUGAGAAGACUCUGUGGUGUGAUUUUAAAAUGCCUCCGACUGGCCCUUCCCUGUCCCCCCUCGCUUCACUCCCUCACGGCUUUCUCCUGACACCGAACGCCUGUCCCAGGCUCUGAUUCUGGGGAAGCCAUUUCCAGACAGAAACGUGCAUUCUGUGGUUUAGAAGUUGAGGUUCUGGGAUGAGAGAAUUGUUCCUUCCAGCUCUGAAUUCCCUAAAACUGUGUGAUUUACUGGACCACACAGCAAAUUAGUGGUGGAGCCAGGCCCACAAGGCAGUCGCAGCCUGAAGACACCAGGGUCGCUGUGGUUUACCAGCCGCUGGGCUCCCACAUCAGCUUCUCAGAGCCAGAUUUCACACUGAGCAGCUGCAGACCGGGAAAUCACAGAAAGCACAAUCCAGCCUCAGAUUCCGAGGGGCCUGCCGGGGACUCUCUCCUCCUGCUCGGGAGGGAAGACCCUGAGGCCGCUGUCCCAGACCAGGUCUCAGCUGCCAUGGAGCUCUCAGCUGUCUCCCGUCGGCUGCCCUCCGCACUGCCGGGCAGAUAAGGGUGGUGCUGCCCCAGGAGCACCUGCGUCCCCCUGCCAGGCCAUCCUCCGUGGCCAGCCCUUCUACUUUAGGCCACCUGUGCUGACCCGGGGCCAUGUAGGCUGCACUUGUGCCUCUGUGGAUAGACACACCGCUGGGGACACUGCCUCUGCUCUCUGGGGGACCCUGAGCACCACCAUGCCCCAGGGAUUCGCCUGGCUCCACUAUCUUGGGAUCCUCCUUGGCGUGGCCUUGGGGAACCAGAGUCUGGAGGUGUGGCCGGAGACCCAGAGCAAGGAGUGUGCCUUCACCGGCUUCCUGCGGGAAAAGCUGCAGUACAAGAACCGCCUGCAGUAUAUGAAACACUUCUUCCCCGUCAACUACCAGGUCAGCGUGCCUUACCAGGGGGUGCUCAGAGUGGCCAACGUCACCAGGCUGCAGCGGGCCCAGGUGAGCCAGCAGGAGCUGCGCUACCUGUGGGUCUGGGUGAGUCUCAGUGCCACUGAGGCUGUGCAGAAGGUGCUGCUCGAACACCACCCGUCCUGGAAGUACCUGCAGGAUGUACACACACUGCUGGUGAAUGUCCAGCAAGGCCUCAGGGACGUGGAGGUCAGCCCCAGGGUGGAAGCCGUGCUGUCCCUCCUGAGCGCCCCGGGGCUGAGCCAGAAGCUGGUGCGGCCCAAAGCCCUGCUGGACAACUGCUUCCGCGUGCUGGACCUGCUGUACUGCUCUUGCUGUAAACACAGCUCUGUCCUGAACUGGCGGGACUGCGAGGUGCCGAGCGCGCAGCGCCGCGGCCCAGAGCCCUUGUCGCCGUGUGUGGCCACCUAGCCAGCCCUCCUCCCGCGGCAGCGCCUGCCUCGCUGCCUCACUCCCCGAAUCCCCGGCUGGCACAGCCGGCUCACCGAAACUGCCGAGGGCACGGAGACCUCCCGCCCCCAGGCCUGUACGGGCGGUGACUUGGGUGGGGCGCGCCGAGGAGCUCCCAGUUCCACUGGGCCGCGAUGUCGCUGGGUGGGGGUGGGGGUGGGGAACCCCCCUUGGGGGAGGAACCCCAGGACAGGUGUCUUUCCUCUGGGGGGAAUCUGCUCUCCACCUUCCAUACCUCACAUGCUCUCACCUGGAGUGGUGAGGGCUUGGGGACACCUGGAGGUGGACAAGACAGAGGCCACGGCCCCUCCGGGCACCGGCCGGGCUGCCUCCCCGACCUGAAGUCCGGUUGGCCGCGGAGGUGAGAGCCUGCCAGGCGGGCAGGUGGGUGUGGAGGGCAGGCGCAGUCGGGCCGGGGAGAAGGCAGAGACAAGCGCCGUAUCUUGCCACAGUGGCGUGGGUGCUCUUCCAGUUUAUUUUUUCUAUUAAACACCCGCUUUAUUUCGUU